AUGGAAGAUCCUGAGAAGCAGAAAGAACCUGAAGAGGAUGAGGAUGAGGUAAAAGUUCCUAAAGAGCAGGAUGAACCUGAGAGAAAACAUGAAGCAGAAGAAACAAACACGGAAACAGUUGUCGUGUUACAAAAUGAAAUGAAACAGAACUUAAAAUUUAUUGUGAGAAGGAAGAAAAAUGGACAAGAAGUUGCCGAAGAACCUCAAAAACCAAAGGGGAAAUCUAAGAAAACAAUACCAAACAGAAAAAGAACAAGAAGUCAAAUGCCGAAGGAAGAAUUUCCUAAGCUUAUAAAAAAGGUGAAGAAGGAAUUGGAUGAUGCACACAUGAAGAAGAACCUGUUUCCUGCAGAGAAAGUUCAAGAAGAAAAAUUUUCCCCAAUUUCUAAGAAGGGGAGAAGAGUUACUUUGACAAAGACCACCACAACUAAGAUAGUAGUUUACUCUGAUUAUGAAGACGAGGAAGGUGAAGAAGAAGGUGAAGAGGAAGGUGAAGAAGAAGAGGAAAGUGCACCUGUAAUGAAGAAGGGAAAAGGAGUAUCCGAGAAGGGAGGUACAAAAGGUAAACAAAUUGUUGUUGCUGAUGAGAUCAUGGAGGAUGUGGAUGACGAGGAAGAAAAUGCUUUGGUUGUUGCCAAACCAAAGGCUCAAGAAAAGAAACUGAAUCUAAGGCAAACUCCGCAACUGAUGAUGCGAUUCUUGAAUGGAAUUGCAUCUAAUUCUAAUGCUGAUGUAAGAAAACCACAAGCCAUCAUGGAGUUAGGAUUUGGAUCUCUUCUGCAACUUGACAUCCCACAAAACGAAAAUCCAUUCCCAUACGAGCUGGUUAAGAAUUUCAACUCGUCCGACCAGACCUUACAUCUAGGAAAAUCUUCUCUUGAUAUUACCAUAGAGGAUGUAUACCUGGUGUACGGUAUACCUAUUGGAGGAGCUCUGGUGGUUGAAUGGACCGAUGAACAUGAUCCACAAGUCUUGAGGGUUUUUGCUGAAUUUUGGGCGUAA